AUGUCUGUGCGUUUCUCUUCUGCUUCCAGACGCCGUGGCUCUUGCAGCGGGGCUGGCUCUGUGCGCCUCUCCAGCACCGGCGCCAGCUUUGGGGCUGGAAACGCCUGUGGGGUGCCAGGCAUUGGAAGUGGCUUCUCAUGUGCCUUUGGGAGCAGCUCGUCUGCAGGAGGCCUGGGUGGGGGAAGUGCUUCCUACGCCGCCUUUGCCGGGAAUGAGCACGGCCUCCUCUCUGGCAAUGAAAAGGUGACCAUGCAGAACCUCAAUGACCGCUUGGCCUCCUACCUGGAGAACGUGCGAGCGCUGGAGGAGGCCAACGCUGACCUGGAGCAGAAGAUCAAGGGGUGGUAUGAGAAAUUUGGGCCUGGUUCUUGCCGCGGUCUUGAUCACGAUUACAGCAGAUAUUUCCCAAUAAUUGAUGACCUUAAGAACCAGAUAAUCUCUGCAACUACAAGCAACGCCAAUGUGGUCCUGCAAAAUGAUAAUGCAAGACUAACGGCUGAUGACUUCAAGCUAAAGUAUGAAAAUGAGCUGACCCUUCACCAGAGCGUGGAGGCCGACGUGAACAGCCUGCGCAGGGUGCUGGAUGAGCUGACCCUGUGCAGAACAGACCUGGAAAUCCAGGUGGAAACUCUGGGCGAGGAGCUAGCUUACCUCAAGAAGAACCACGAGGAGGAGAUGAAGGCGCUGCAGUGCGCGGCGGGGGGCAACGUGAACGUGGAGAUGAACGCGGCGCCCGGCGUGGACCUCACGGUGCUGCUCAACAACAUGCGCGCCGAGUACGAGGACCUGGCGGAGCAGAACCGCAGGGACGCCGAAGCGUGGUUCAACGAGAAGAGCGCAACGCUGCAGCAGCAGAUCUCUGACGACGCUGGGGCCACCACCUCCGCCCGCAAUGAGCUCACUGAGAUGAAACGGACUCUGCAAACCCUGGAGAUCGAACUUCAGUCCCUUUUAGCAAUGAAACACUCUCUGGAGUGCUCCCUCACCGAGACCGAGGGCAACUACUGCACGCAGCUGGCCCAGAUCCAGGCGCAGAUCGGGGCCUUGGAAGAGCAGCUGCACCAGGUCAGGACUGAGAUGGAAGGCCAGAAGCUGGAGUAUGACCAAUUGUUGGACAUCAAAGUUCACUUGGAAAAAGAAAUUGAAACCUACUGCCAUCUGAUAGAUGGAGAGGAUGGCUCUUGUGUCAAAUCUAAAGGCUAUGGAGGACCAGGAAAUCAGAUAAAAGAUUCGCCUAAAACCGCCAUGGUUAAAACAAUUGUUGAAGAAAUAGAUCCUCGUGGCAAAGUUCUCUCUGCCAGAGUCCACACUUUGGAAGAGAAAUCCACCAAAGUCAACAAUGUGAAGAGUGAACAGAGGGUGCCUUCUUGA